UACUAGGAAAUGCACCCAUUAUAUUUUGUGCUAACUAUCAGUUUGUGCUAGGGUUGUCAACUGUUCAGAAUUUUGGUUACUUUUGAAAAAUCGUUUGGAAAUAUUAUGAAAAAAUACGAGGAGGAGUUUUUUAAUUACCCCUUUUUCCUCAUUAAAAGUUUCAUUAAUUGUAUUCUGAAUUAUUUUCAUUUCCAUUAGUUUACUUUUUUCCUGUUUUCUAUUUUUGUCUCCACCCUGUGAACACUAAGAGGGCCUGAUUUAAUAAUAAUCAUUGCUGUCAAGUCCACAAUGUCAUCAGAAGCAGGAUGAUAAGGGAUGGAUGGUCUUGGAGUAUCCGGAAAUGAAAAAUUUCUGGAGGUUUUCAACCCAUCUGGAUUCAUUACUGGAUCCCAAGAGCAGUAGGCUGACACCAUAAUUGCUUGAGCUAUCCAGUUGUCUGAUGAUGAUGAUUGUCAAGAGAAGAAGAAAAUUUUCCUAAGAUUGUAGGCUUUCUUUUGCUCAUCACUGUGUUUAAGUUGUAUUUUUUCUCACAAUAUGUUCAGAAUUUAAUAUUUUGAAAGUUGAUAACCUGAGCUUGUGCAGUCUUUAAUAAUGUGACCAAAGCACGAGAUGGCUCUUGACAUAUCUAAGAUGAAUUAUCUAUAAAAAAUGUCCUGGGAUCAACUCUAGAUUUGAAUCAACUUGCCAUUCCAAUGGACUUAGAAUGAUAGGUUGCAAACCAUCUUGCAGCGUUUUCUUACGUUUAUACUAUUACUUGAACACUAAUACAGAUAUACCUUGCUUCAUGCAACUUCAUUUAAUAUUGUUUAACUCAUACAAUAUGUACUAGAAGAUUCAAUUAAUAUGCAAUGAUUCAAUAUAAUGCAGUCACUACAACUAUAAAAAUUAAAUAUGCCAAUACUUUACAGUAUUCAGUAAUAAUAUAAUUUUGCUUUAAAUUCAGUUUUAAUUAAAUUUGUUACAAAAAGUAUUUUUAUUAUUAUUAAAUUGAUGAUAAAGUUUUUAUUGUUCUUUCAGGAAUUAAAUACAUUUACAAAGAAAUACAGCAAAAGAGCUUUAAAUACUAAUUGGGAUAAAUAUGAAGAAAAAACAGAGACGUCCGAAGAAUUGGCCGGAAUGGACUUUCAAACUGCAUUGAACUGUUCAAGUAGUGCUGUUUCACAGCUAAAGUUAGAAGAAGAAAAAACUUGGGAUGAAGAAUUUUUAAAAAUUGAUUCAAAUGAUUUCACUUCAAUUAACUGUGAUAAUUUGAUUCAAGCUUUAGAAUGCAUUCCUUUUCAUGAUAGAAUGGCUAUUUCUGAAAAUUUUUUUAUGGAUAAUAUGGUGAAUGAAUUUAAUAGUGAUGCUGAACAUCAGAGAAAAAUCUAUAUUCCUCCAAAGAUAUCUAGAAUAGUUCCUAAACAAACAGAACUCGAAAAUCAGAGUCGUCAGAAAGAAAGUGAUGUAAAGAACAUAAUAGAAUCUCUUACAAAUUGCCUCAUUCUCAAAGAUGAAAUGAAGGAUGAUAAAAAUAAGAAAAAUAUGUUUGUAUCUGAGAAUGUUGAUGAUGACGACGACGACACACUAGAAAUGUUACUUUCGUUAACUGAAGAAAAGCAUAAUUCAAAGAAAGUAACACUUCCUUCCACUUCAGAAAGUACAAGUACAAAUGUACAAUUAGAAAACAAACCUGCAGAUAAACCAUUAGGUAAGUAUUCAAAUCAAUAGAGUAGUUAAUCUUAU